CUGGCAAAAAAUACAGAGAAAAAAGUUAAAGGUAUAUUACUUUUUGCAAUAACAUACCUAAAAAAUAAGUGCCCAAUCAGAUAUACACAUUCAAAUAUGUCGUUGUUUUUCAUUUACUUCAGUAUGAUAGUCAUGUAGUUUUUUUGCAGCUGUAGUUCACAUAUAUUAAAAUUAAUUAGAGAACUAGUGUUUGCAAGGUAAGUUGUGAAUAAACUUCUGACAACAACUAAACCAUACAAGAGUGAUAUACUAAUUCAAAUUAGUAACCCGAGUGAUUUAACAGUAAAUUACUUACCUAUUACAACCACAAGCUGUUGACUUGAAUAUCUUAACAGAACGGAUAUACAAAAUGUCUGCAAAAAAUAAUGCAAAGGGAUGGAUAAAUAUACAACUUAAAAAAGAAAAGUUACAAAUUAUAAUGAAGAAAUUCGCAAAUGAAAUAUUUGUCUUCAUAAUGCAAUUGAUGCACCAGCUACCAGUUAGUUUUAUACUGAGACGAAAUAGGAAAGUGUAAAUGCCACAUGUGGCACAAAGAAACCUGAAUAAAACCUCGCAUUUUAUGAAACAGUUCAUGAAAUCAAAUAAUCAGGUACCUAAAACCGCCUAGACAGGACAGAACACUUAACAAAAGCGAGAUGCUGAAUGGUUUGGAAAUAAAAUUAUGCUGUUGGGGAUACUCAAUAUCCCCCAAAACAAACUACGUGACUGGAAGUUCAUCUGUUGACUGGCUGUCAUACAAGUUAGCUGAUAUCGGAAUUAGAGGCAACUAAUUUAUGUAGAUAAAGAACUGCCUAGUGGGACGCCAGCAUCGAGUACGAAUGAACUCAAAGUUCUCUAGCUGGGAAACUGCACUUAACAGGGUAUCCCAGGGUACAGUGCUGUUUAUCCUGUGUGUAAAUGACCUUCCCAGUCUCCUAUCAUCAUUCGUUUCGUUAUAUACUGACGACAUGAAGAGCGAUAAAAGGUAAAGGUAAUAGUUUGGAGUUUCAAAACGACCUGGAGAAAUGAUCUGAAUGGUAUAGAAUUUGGCAUUUCCUGAUAAGUGCUUCCAAGUGAAUUUUGAUGUAUAUCGGUCAACAUGGUACAGAUACAUACACAGUGAAUAACACUGAACUAUCUGUUGUCCAGACACACAAUGACUUAGGAGUCAUUGUUAGCCAGGACUUGGAAACUACGGCACACUGCCGGGCGCUAGCUGUCAAAUGUUUUAGAACCCUAUGGUCAAUACGUAGAGCGUUUCGCCAUGUCGAUGCUAAAACUCUUUGGACUUUAUAUACAGUAUUCGUUCGUACUAACCUGGAGUACUGCGUACAAGCAGCUAUCCACUGCCUAAAAAGAGACGGCGAACCAUUGAAAAAAUCCGAAGGAUCGCAAAUAAGCUGAUUCUUGGGUUAGCAAGGUCCCCACAUGGUGCUUGACUGGCUGAACCAAACUUAUUUUCAUUGUCAUAUAGAAGAACCAGAGGUGACGUGAUCGCAGUUUUUUAACUGCUUAGCGAUAAAUUUGCAUCUGAUAUGCCCUCAUAUUUCUUAUCUUCCAAAUCAGAGACUUUAUGAGGAUACUCUAGAAAUGUUCACGAGUCCAGUACAAAUUACUUGUCAGCUGACUAUUGACUCUCCCAUAGAAUUAUCAAAGAAUGGAAUUCAUUAAUUUAACACGUGAUUGGAGCUUCAUCUGUCGACGCUUUCGAAAGAAAGUCGAUCCAAAUAAGAGACCACCAUUGCCAUGACCAAGACAAGCCACCUAGCCUCUUAUCCUUUCAAAACUAAAGCUGAAACUGAACUGAAUGAACCAGUGCUAUCGUGUGAUAAGACUACAGCUUAUUGGACACUUGCUAAGAACUGCUUACGUACCGAAAUAACAAAAAUGGGUUCAAAGAAAUCAACUGGUGUAUAAGUUCGUAACAAAGAUUUAAUUUUUUUGGAUUAGGGGAUCCUUGUGAAUGGAUCGCGCUUCUUUGAAGUGCUCCGCUUCUGGUCGUUGACUGUGGUACUUUACACUUUUGUGCCUUAGUUCUGCAUUCAUAUUUAUUCCCAAAUAGAUGCUUCUAAGGUUUUAGGUCUUAGCUCACGCAUUCAUUAUUUAUCCACUCACACUCAAGAUACAAGUAUAAUGCAUUUGGAUCCAAUUCCAUUGUGAACUGGAGCUCACAUAUCCAUAUGGAAGUGGGUGGUCUUCUGACAAGCAAACCGUAUAUGUGUCUAUACGACUCAUUCACCUAUAUUCAUUGCUGGAGAGCUGAGUUAUAUAAUCCCUCAUAUUAUUGUAACUCCACGGCAUUGAUUGGCUUGUUUUGGUGAUAAUAUAGUUGCUGGAAAUUAGAAAUUCACUGUCUCAGUGGAUCAUGUAGGAAUGUACAAACUUGAUUCGCAUUCGCAAGACAAUUCCUAUACUUUUGGAGACUAUGAUUUACCUCGCAAUCGACAACAAAGGCUGAAUUGUAGUAUCCAAUCAAAUCAAAUUUAUUCUGCUCUUAUGGUUAUUCUCAAUGGAUUCAGCAGGCCUGUGAACCAACCACCUCGUAUUUCUCUGAGAACUAAUGUCCUAAAUACGCGUGCUCACUUAUUUGAAGUAUUCUUUCGACGAGUUGCACUUGGUUACAUUCGUGUGUUUCCUUUGACUGCUCGUCGCAUAAUCGAAUUCGGGUUUCUGGUACAGGUAACAAAUUUUUAACUGCAUAAAUUACUAUAACAUUAUGGGACCCAAAAUCCAUUUAUAAACCUUAGGUCGAGCACUUAAAGGUCAAACCUGUGAUAGGUGGAUCUAGGCUGAAAUAUGUAAUGCGAUUGCCUGAAUUCUGACAAUCAUACCAACUAAUUAGAGGUGUAUAUUCUUGUACAACUGGACACAAAAACACGUGUGAGCUACACAUAUAAAGAGAUUAUUGUUAAAAAAUCAAGUAAGAGUAGUACAAUCAAAUUUGGCUAGUUAGUCAGUCAGUCACAAUGUAAAACUUGUACUUAUGUACAUCAGUUCAAGUUGCCAUACCCCAUCGGCACAGAGAGAUGAAGUUGUCAGGCCAAUUCUCAGAGUUGUAGAGGUAGUAACAGUGUGAAUGGUGACUGCAAAGAGUAGGUAUCGAAAAUAAAGUUCAAGAAAACAUAAAUUAGUUUGAUAACUACAGAAAAGAGAAAUUAUGAGGGAUUCAGAAGCUCAGAAUUUGGGGGAAGACAAAUGGCUCAGUCCAGUCGUCGAUGUCUUCAUGAAUUGGUGCGGUGUUUUUGGUUUGUCCGUCCCUAGCUUUCCUCCAGUGUACUCUCACACCGUACAAAAUCGCCUGUCGAGGUAGGUUGUGGUUGUGCAUACGUGACACGUCCCAACAAGUGAGUCUCCUGGUAGAAGAUCAACUCCUGAAAAGUCAGACAAUGAGCGCUGUCUCUAAAAGCAUGCCUAUAACUAAUUUAAAUACAAAUGGAGAAAGCGCACAAUCCUGACGACUGUCACUCGAAGUAAUUAAUUCCAAUGACCGAAAACAUUAGUUUUGCUCUCCAACUAAUUCAUUUUGAGCCACUCGAUAUAACACAACACGAUACAUUCCAAAGGCAAAUGCCAGAACAAAGAUACAAGUCUAUAAACACGAUUAUCCACGCGUGUUACGCAGAAAACUGGCAAAUGGCGUCGUUUAUUAGUGCUGACUAAUUGAAAAUGGAUUAGUCAGGAUGUUUGAUCAUUCUUGCAUCGAAAUCACAAGAGGAGUCCAUACUUUUUACACAAAUAGAAGUGAUUAAGCAUGUGCAGUAAGAUCGCGUUUAUUAUUUGAUGUAAAUUUAAACCGGAAAAAUUGAUUUUUGGAUUGCUGUCUCUUUUAGCAUUAAUUGUGUUUCUCAACAUAUAAUCUAUUAUAGUUGACCCUUACAUUGUAGGUUGCAGAGUCAGAUUAAUUUGAUUUUAUUGGUUAGGUCGAAUAAUAGUUUAGACAAUCAGCUAUACUAUGGGAAGGAUUCUUCAGUCUAUCACAACAUUGGGCCAUUGUUUUAAUGUUCUUCUACAUUUUAGCGAAAGCAAACAAAGAAUUGUAAACAAUUCGUUCGGUUAUUACGGCAACAUAAGUAGUGUACGAAUUGUAUGUACUCGUUUUGCUUGUCUUCAACUUGUUUUUAUAAAUUUGAAUUAAAACGCAAUACGUCCUGGGGGAUUAAGAAGCAAACAUAAAUAAAAAGACUCAUUAGGAUAACUUGUUAAGUUGAAGAUAAGCAUCUUAGUCUACAUCUUGCUGUUUAUACUUAAGGCGCUAAUGUUUUGAACAAUAAAAUGGCAGAUCUAUACAGUAUUACAAAAAUGUCACUUCUAAUUCUUCCUUAUCUGAUAAUCUGCUUUGCGUUGUCACUAUACUAUGGAUUAAUAUCAGUUCAUUUCUUAUAGGUUUCCAUACCAAACGACCAUCCUUCUGAAAUACCUUAAGGAACUAUAUGUAUGGACGUUGAAGUAUUUAUAUAGAUAGAAAUCGUUAUUUAGUAAUCCUUAAUUAAUCAGUCACUGACUGACUGUUCAAUAGAUUUCGUAACCAGCAGUAUUAGAAGUUAACGCUGCAGUUUCAUAGUAAAAUAUGUGGGACUGGAAAUUCGUCUAUUUCUGUAGUGUGCGUUCCACCAAAUCAAAACAUGGCAUCAAUUCAUCAAGUCAUCGAUGAUUGGAUGUUAAUAGAUGCAUAGACUACCUGGUUGGGAUCCGCGUGAUUAUCGUAGCCAAUGGUUGAAUACUUUAGAUGACAUGACUCAAAACCGUUCGCAAUGGUACAGGUGCACGUGUUUUUCUUUUCCCCAAAUUCUGGGAUUCUAAGUUCUUCAUAACGUUUUUUUGUUUUUAUUUUUCUAAUUUAUAUUCCAUUUUCGAGUCAUAACUUAGGAGCCUAAUCUCUCUUAUUACCUCUGAUAUUGUUACUAACUCUACUAUUCUGACAUUUGGCUUGACAACUUCAUCACUCUAUGCUAAUGGGGUAUGGCAACUUAAACUGAUGUACAUAAGUACGGAUUGUACAUUGUGACUGACUGACAGUUUGUCAUCUCUGGGUCAUUUAUGAUAUCAGUCUUGUUGUAAAACACCAGGUUUACAAAAUGUCGGUGAGAGCAGCUCUGCUCUAUGUCUAUGAAAAACUGACUUAUUAGAGCAGAUAUGUGGUGACUACAUACAUCUACUGGCAACACCAUGAUGAUAAUGCUCAAUUAUACUAUAACUUAAGUAAUAAAGAACAAAUAACACAUGUGCCAAUAGAUGCAAAGACUACCUGGUUGGGUUCCGCGUGAUUAUCGUUGCCAAUGGUUGAAUACUUUAGAUGGCAUGACUCAAAACCGCUUGCAAUGGUACAGGUGGAUGUGUUUUUGUUUUCCACCAAAUGGGAAUAAAAAUAGUCUAUUUCUUUAGUGUGCACAAUGCAUUUCACCCCUACCCUUCGUUUAGCUAGGAAUUAAUUGAAUAAGUAUAUCCAAUGUAACUAAAGUGCUAACGUUUUUAUACAUUUUAAAUUGUAUUGGCUUAAUUAUUUUUCAGGCUGUUUUCGUACUAGUUGUAUUCAUACAUCUUCACGUAACAUUUGUAAAAUCUCCAGUAACGUGCUUGGAUCAUUUGCGUAGUGAAUUUGAAAGCAUAAAUUCUGGUUCAGGUGUAUCUUUUACCUCCAUAACUAUGGAUGCCAAUUAUUUGUCAAAAGGUAAUGGAUCAGAUUCUUUUUUACGACGUUCAUGGCCUAACUAUGGUGUUUUACGUAUCGAAGUCAUCCGUUCUCCUGAUCCGUUCUAUUCUCUCGAAGACUCAUAUGCGAAAGAGUUUUACGGUACUGAAACUGAUUAUCGUUUUGAAGCCGAAAAUGAAAAGACACCACAGGUUAACGAGUUGGAUAAACAUAUUGCCUAUAUUCCCAAAAAUUCAAAGUAUUCACUAGCUUAUUUUGCCGAGAAUAUCAUCCCCGAACAUCAGGACUUCUGGAAUUCACUUUUAUCUUUGCCAUUCAUUGCAUAUGGGUCGAUCAAAGAAAAUUUCAACCACUUUUAAAUUACUUAUACGCUAGUAAUCGAGAGCGAACAUUCUCUUUUAAAGAGAAUGAGGAAAAUAUGUCUCCAUAUAACGCAAUUAUAACCACCAGGAAUAAACUCAGUCAGUUGUUGCCUGAAGUGAACCGGUUAUUAUUCGACUUCUUUGCUGGUAUCGUUGAUUUUAUUUACGACAUUCCUAUUCGUAUAUAUGCCUCGUCAGGUCCUGGUCAAAUUCAUCAUAGAUUGACCUUAGUUGGAAUAACAUUCAAAACCUGGGAACACUGGGCAACCAUUUUAUCUUAGUAUGAGACCUUCCAGAAGUGCACAUUCCGAACCCCGCUAAAGGUUCAACUCAGAACCACAUCUUAUCCAUUUGACCAGCUUGUUGGCUUCCAAUGAUAUGAAUUUCGAACUUUAAUAUUUAGUCAGAUUUUGAAUUAACUAAACUUAUGAGCUUGUGUAUGUACUUAUGUAGAAAGCAACGCAAUACAAUAAACUCAUUAAGUUCUACAAAACACUAUCAUUUUUACCUUCCCUAACAAAUUUUUCCCUCCUAAAUUUCGUAGCAGCCAUACAAUUUUCGGAAAUUUUAAUACUUUUACAGCACUAAACACAAAUGAGAGCUACAUAAUUGAAUACGCCUUGGAGUAUGGCUUUCUUCGUCUCUCACCGCGGGCCCGAAAUCGGCUUAACGUAACUGUAAAAUUAAUUGUUCUUGGUAUGUUUAACUUUCCUGUAAUCGUCUUAUGUCCGUUUUAUUGAGAUACACUGAAAAAGUUAACAUUCAAUCAGUCACAACGUAAAACUUGUACUUAUGUACAUCAGUUCAAGUUGCCAUACCCCAUCGGCACAGAGAGAUGAAGUUGUCAGGCCAAAUCUCAGAGUUGUAGAGGUAGUAACAGUGUGAAUGGUGACUGCAAAGAGUAGGUAUCGAAAAUAAAGUUCAAGAAAACAUAAAUUAGUUUGAUAACUACAGAAAAGAGAAAUUAUGAGGGAUUCAGAAGCUCAGAAUUUGGGGGAAGACAAAUGGCUCAGUCCAGUCGUCGAUGUCUUCAUGAAUUGGUGCGGUGUUUUUGGUUUGUCCGUCCCUAGCUUUCCUCCAGUGUACUCUCACACCGUACAAAAUCGCCUGUCGAGGUAGGUUGUGGUUGUGCAUACGUGACAGGUCCCAACCGCUUGUUUAAGAUUUACUAUCUCACCAAUCGACUCUCCAUCCUUACCUAGUAUCGUGUUUCCAAUCCAAGCAUCGCUUACUUGGUGAUCUCAAAAUACAAGCGGACUGCUUCGAAGACACCUGUGAUCGAAUACUAGUGGUCUACGAAUAUUCUCUAUUAUUAAUGUUUAUGUUCCAUACACAUAAAGUAGAACAGAGUGAACUGCUGCACAGUAAAUUACUGGAAAUUCUUUCCUCGCCUCGACAGACAAUUCACAUUCAUUUUUAUUUUGCUUUCUUUUAUGUACGACGUCACUUAUCUACUCUCUUUUAUUCCCGCUCUAUGUAUCCUUAUUUUUCGACUUAUACAGCAGCUCGCUUAUGGUGGAAACUCGGUUCUAUCUAAACGUUCUCGAGUCACUGCCUGGUUGAAAAUUGUAUGCUACCACCAAAUACGAAUACUGAAGCAGUUUUUAUGAAACCACGUGCACCAUUCAAACUGGCCGCCUUCAACGUUUGCACACUAACGCAGAUCGGACAACAGAUAGGGUUGGCUAUGUCUUUGGAAAGUCUUAAUAUCGUCGUCUGUUGUCUAUCCGAAACCCGUAUUCAAAACUCUAGCGAAGUACUACAAAUUCGCUCUCCAUCUGUCGCUUCGAUAAGCUCGUUUUAUGUGCGUUUAUCCGGGGACCCUCUGGUAUCCACGUCUGGUUUUGCUGGCGUUGGUGUCUCACUGAGCGCUAGAGCUGAGGCAGCACUAAUCGACUGGAUCCCCAUUAACAGUCGGUUAUGUGCUGUUAGAUUAGAAAGUUCCAUCAAAGUGAGAAGAAAUCGGCGUGAGAAACGAUGUCUCUUCGUCAUAUCCGCCUAUGCUCCGACAGAUUGCAGCCCGGAUGCAAUCAAGGAUGAGAUUUACCACCAGUUAUCUGUUCUUCCCCAGAAAGUGCGUUCCACAGAUAUUGUAGUACUAGCCGGAGACUUGAAUGUUCAGGUCGGGCAUCUAGGCACAGAAGAGAGUAGUUUAGGUGGCCGAUGGGGACUCGUUGGUCGCAGGACAGAUAACGGGGACCGUCUACUGCAACUGUGCACAGACAACAACCUGUUUCUGGCUAGCACUAACUUCCGGCACAGUCAGCGCCAACGUGCCACCUGGCGUCCUCCCUCUGCAUCUCAGUCCUGGACUCAGAUUGAUCACAUCGCGAUCAGCUACCGCUGGCGUGGUUGUGUACAAGACUGCCGCUCAUUUUGGAGUACCUAUCCGGACUCUGAUCAUGUCCUGGUCUCUGCCAAUCUCACCUUACUUUUCAGUGGACGACGAAGUGACCGUCACCAACGGAUUGAUGUUAGCAAGUUGGUCGCAACCUCUGUUGCAAGUAAGUAUGGAACCGAGCUAGCUGCUAGGCUAGCUACCAUUCCACCGGAAAGUAUAGGUGAGCAUUGGAUACAAUUGCAUGACGCCAUGAAAAUGGCCAGUAAAGCCCCUUGCGGUUUCGCGAAACGUCCCGCUUGUAAGCACUAGGUUUCUUCAGGCUUCUUAUAACUCAUCGAAGCCCAUCGUUUCACUCCAUGUGACCGUGAGUUUGACCACAAACGAAGGAUGUUACGUAAGGAAAUUGGGCAAAGCUUGCGUAAGAACCGAGAAGCCUGGUGGUCGAAGCGUGCUAAUGAUCUGGAAGCAGCAGCUGCAUAUGGUAACUGCCGAGGGCUCUUCCAACUCAUCCGAGCCACUGGUAGCAAGAAAUGUGGUGUGAGCGAAACAAUCUGUGAAGAUGACCGGAUGCCAAUCGCUAACAUCAAACGACGUCUUGGACGAUAGUCAGAGUUUUUUUAGGGGUAGUUCUACUGGUCUGCUGCACCGGCAACAUCGAUCAGACUAUAGCGUACCAAUAUUUAUGUGUUCACAUAAAUAAAUAAUAAAACUUUUGGUUGGCAGAUGACCAUCUCAUUUACGCCGCAAAUGAUGCAAGUUGACAAAAGUCUAUCGAGCCUCCUAAAUUUGUGCCGAAAUUUCGUCAGACGCGAUACCGUCAGUACUGAUGAGUCUCCCAAUAUAAGUGGAGCGGUCGAUGCGUCCAACUUCACUCCUUAUCAUCGAUUCAAGCGAUGACGCAAGCCAAUCCUGAGGUAAAAUUAUAAAUUCGGAGGGAGAGAACCGCAUACCAAACAUGCUUGCAUUGUUGCUUAAGAUGGUCAAAUGACUGUAUUUUGCUAGCGUCUUCACCAAACAGUAUUAUAUCAACUUGAGUCAACAAAUGAAUCUCAUGGUAGAUCAACCCCUCAAAAGUCAGACGACGAGUGUCAUCUCUAAAAGAAUGUCUAUGACAAAGUUAAAUAAAAGUGAAGAGAACGGACAACUCUGACGAACAGCACUUGAAGUAAACAAUUCCGAUGAUAGUUUGCCAUAAGGUCUGUCACGACCAGAAGUGUUCUAGUAAAGAGCCUGAACAAUAUUAAUGUUAUUCUCUGUUACACCUUUCAAGUUAAAUAAAAAUUAGUUAGCAGUAACAUCCACUAACAUCAGUACUGAACUGUAUAACGUCUGGUAAUGAGAAGGGAAUCCUUUUCCAAUGUCCAUAAUUGAUCAAAUGUUAUUCAUUAAAAUUUUAAUUAAUACUUUUCAAAUUCUUGAUAAAGAUGCUUAGGUCACAACGUAACAGUUGAUUUCAUUUGGUGAUAAAAUGACGUAAUAUUAAGUUUUUAUUCUGUUUGUUUCUUGUAAUUAUCUUUCUGUACUACUUAGUAAAACAUGUUUCGAAAUUAUCUUAUUGGUGUCUUGUUCUUUGUUUUUUCCUUUUAUUUACGUUCUUUUUUGCUACGUAAAUUUCCUCGUAUAUAAUUCCCUGAGUGAGGCUAAGGUAAACUAGAGGGCAGUUUUGUUUCUACAUUGUCCGUGUCCUCAACUCAAAUCGGAGGAUAUAGUAAUUCUAUGUGUAAGCGGUUGAAUUUAUUACUGGAAAAAUAAAGUUCUAUAAAAUAAUGAACCAAAAAUGUAAUUUUUUUUACAGCGUUAUGGUCGCAUAGUGCACGAAUUUCCAAUGUGGAGAAAAAGAAGAAUUAAUAUUAGCAAAAUGGAGCUUCAAAUUAAGUCCAGCAGCAAAAUGAGUUACUUACAAACUUUUCAUAUCAUCAUCCUGCACAUUAUCCAACGUUCGUUCACUUACCGUAAAAAUUUCUCAUUCAGUGUUAGUGUUUUCCUGAAAGUAGUUUUGACACUUUCGUAUCAGAUUGUUGACUAGAGAUUAGUAACUCAUUGCGUCAUCUGUCUAAUAUGUUUGAUGUUAGUAAUUACCAUUCAGAAAUGCCAGUGUAAACGUGAAUGUCGUUCAAAGAACUUUAAGGAUGCCCUAUUUAAUUUUCAUUCGUGUUUAGUGCGGACCUUUAUUUCGUAUGAUGAAAUACUUGGUUGUUAAUAUUAUUUGCUUAUGAAAUCUUGGUGUACUGUUCCUGUUGAAUCAUUCCAGUCUCUUUCUGCAGGACUUGCUAAGUUUUUAUAGUCGCAAGUGAUGGAGCUUACUAGGAUUGGUUAUUGAGAUUUUUUCUUUCAAAUUUCUGUGCGGAAGUAAUAUUUUUCUACCAUUAGGUUUACGUAAUCAAAUAUGCAUAUUGCUAAAUUGUAGACCCAGAAACAAACCCUUGCUUCGGCAGUAAACUCAGUCGUUUCCUCAUGGAAGAGUUUCUCGGUUAUGAAGACCUUUUGAUUGGUAGUGUGAAGUACUUAUCAGCUAGCGAAGGAUUGAAAGGUUAUGUGGUAAACGUAAUGAGCGGACAACAUUAUAAGCUCGUUAUUUCGCAGAUGUCCAGGUCGUCCUACUUUGCUGCUGCUCUGAUCAUGUUACUAUUUACAUUUUGUAUAUCCGUUCUGUUAAGAUAUUCAAGUCAACAGCUUGUGGUUGUAAUAGCUGAUAUUCUCCAAAUGUUUGAAACGAAUACCUCGUUUGGGAUUCCUGUUGCCCCAUUUAUGACAGUGAUUCUUGCUCUUGUUGCCAUGGAAACUAUCAUGUCUGAAUUUUUUGGAGAUUCAAUCACUGCGUUUUAUGUUAUUCUCAUUAUAAGCGUUUGUGAUCACUAUGAAGCUGUAUUUUGUCGUACUGAAUUAAGCAAAAGAUAUUGGCCAAGGUACUUCUACUUGUAUCAUUUUGGAUUUUAUGCCUACCAUUAUCGUUUCAAUGGGCAAUUCAGUGGUGUUGCUCUUUGGGUUUCCUGGCUGUUUAUAUUGCAUUCAAUGAUUUAUUUCUUCCAUCAUUACGAAUUACCUAACCUGCUUAGUGAUUGGGAAUUCCGUGAAUUCGUUUCUAAUAAUCAACUUGUAGGUCAAAUUCAGCUACAAGUUUCCACACCAUCAUUAUCUGUCCGGAAUAGUCAGGAUGCUUCCAGCUUAAACCAUUCUAUCAACUCUGAUGAACGAACAGAGUCGUUAGAUGACUUAACAACUACUGUUGGGGAUUCAGACAAUCUCGAGUCAAAUGAAUUGUCUAACAAUAUUUUCACUGUUACAAGUUCAGUACCUACUUUUAGUGGGAUUUCCGGUGAAAUCGAAGCUAAUCGAAGUGAUUUACUUUCUAAUAAUACUGCAUUAGCUGAUUCUCCCACAACUUCUGCUAAUUUAAAUCACCUAGAAUAAUAAUUUAUGAUCUAUUAACAUUUGUACUUUUGUUAUUUUAUGUUUAUUUAAUGUAAUAUCCCAUCUCUAUGAUUUUUCACAUUUACGCUAGAAAAUUGAGGUUUCUCACUACUUGGACUUUCAAACGGGUUGAAAAAUAAAGUCAUCUAUUCUGGGCUUAGGUUCCUUUCAUUUAUUGAUUAUUAGAAUGUUCCAGUUUUUAUCGUCUAUUUAGGCUGUGAAGAUGCUAGGUGAUCAGACUGAAUAAAUUUGAAUUUUUUAAAUUAAUUCCACAGAAUAUAUAUACUUGGUAUUGUUUGUUUGUAUAUUCCCAUUGUGUAGGACUGCAAUUGAUCAGUCUCCUGUUGGCAUGUGUGCAUCCUGUGUGGACUGCCUCGAUAUUGUCUUAAGUCGAGCUUUAUAAGUAAAAAUGGGUGGCGGAAUCCAGGACGCGUUUCGUUCCACUUGGGAUUCGUCAGCCGGAUGUACCCGAUCGGUGGGGCUAAUCCGUGUCAGUUAGUUACCUCAGACAAUGGAAGAUAGUCGCGCAGUUUCGUGGAUUGGUUGGAGUUAGACAUUAACGCCGUCAGAUUUCGGUUCGGUGGUCUAGAAGUUAAGCGUUCGCGCGCGAGACCGAAGGUCCUGGGUUCGGAUCCCACGAGCGGGAUCGUGGAUGCGCACUGUUGAAGAGUCCUACGCUAGGACGAAACGACCGCUCAGUGCUUCCAUGUUUUCAGUGGUGGUCUAACAUCAAUCGAAUCAUGAUCUCAACCAAAAAACUUAACCCCAUAUAUAUAUAAUUAACGGUCUAUGAAGAGUUCCCGGAAGUUACCCAUAAAUUAAUCUUCUGACAUAACACCCCUUACUGAGGUAUUAGGGAUAAUAAAUAUCAUAAGGAUUUAUUCUUAUUCUACUAGGUUUUCGUGUGAUGCUUUGCAAUCGCCUUGAAAGUGAUAUACACUUUCUCAUAUCAUUUGGGUCCUUUUUAGUUUCAUUAACUAAAUAAAUAUGUUGAAUGGUAUAUUCGGCUUUAAAUUACUUCCAGUCUCUCACUCUUAUCUGGUCGGCCAUAGUUACUUUGCAUGUCACACUCACGUCUUUUCUCCAAAUUUCACUGCAGAAAGAACUUUUUUCUACGGAUAAUAGUUCCAAUCUUCCAGGAUGGCUAUACUUCAUGGCUUAGUUGUCAUCAAUAUUUCUUUAGUAAAAAAAAUUCACAAUUUCCAAUUACUACUAGUAUUUUCAGGUGAAUGUUAAGUAUGCGAAAAUGUAUUUGGGUAUUUCAAGUUUUCAUAAGUCAAUAAGAUUUCAUGGUUCGUCAUGGUCUUUGAAACAAAAUGCAUCAUCAUAUGAUUACUACCAGAGCACUAACUGACACGCGCAAGUAGUACAUACUUUGAGAGGUCAAUAUCUAAUUUUACAUCUACAGAUUAUUAUUUUCUUUACUUAUUAAUUUGAACACAUAAAUAUUGGUACAAGACGGUAGCAGAUAUAUAUGCACCACAGAUUAGUGUAUGGUAGUGUAAUAAUAAUAAUGAGGGAAACGGAAAGGCACAACCAGUAUAUACGCAGCUAUCGGAUACAAAAACUUCUCGACUACUAUCUGCUCACCAUCCAGAGUGAGUACAGGAUUAGAAUCCUGCCAGUCUUGUAGAAGUACUUUACAGUUCGAAGGUGCAAAGCACAUACCGUACCUACGGACAUUGAUUGCCAACUGAUUAAGUGCGGAUUGCAUGACUUGGGCAUUAUCGCACAGUAAGACAAUAACAUCCGCAUACUCAAGUUCGAGAAGUCUUUCUCCAGGCAACAGACC